AUGUUGUUGCCGUUUACAACAGUGGCGCUCCUCGUGACGGUUUCCUCCGUCGAAGGUUCGGAAACCCCACUAGACGAGAAAGAAACUUUCGAGACGCUCAACAGUAUGUACACCGAUGGCCUGGUUUGGAGUGACGAUUUAGCGGAAAAAGCAUUGGAUUGGCUGAAGUCGCCACAACACCGGGCUAGCAUCAAAGCUGAUAUGAUUGUUAAAGGAAAAGGUUUAAUCGCGGAUGCGAAUAACAAGGCCGUGUGGCAAAAAAUACUCGAAGUAUUAGAAGUACAUUUUGACGAAAACGGAGCAGGGCUCGAAAGCCUCCCCUCGGGCACGCUGUACGGAUGUAACGGCUAUAUGAGCACAAGGAGCACAAAUGAUGACUACGUAUUUGCUGUCUGUCUCUAUAAAAGACAAUAA